AACGGCGCUUGGUCUGAAAACUCAAACAGAAGCGUAUCGCCUUCCAUUCGGCUGCAUCAGAUAAACACGCAACUUAUGUGGUGAAUCAGUAACAUCAGCUACACGACGACCGCAACGACGAAAGAGUGUGAAAAUGUCUGCAAGUACCACAGCAAAGUACGUGGAGGAAAAAGACCGUAGUCGUCCACAACAAGAACAUCUUUGUCUGCAGCCUUAUGUUGUGUUGUGCAGAGCAGACAUCAGUAAAGCUACUCGUCCGAAGCGGCAGAAGCCAGAGCGCACUCGCAUUAAAGAGGAAGAUGUGGGCAAAGAGGUCCAUCACUUCAAUGAACAAAUGGAGCAGAAGUUUCUUUGCACCAUAAAAGAGGAAGAGCCGGAGCGGCCUUGUAGUAAAGAGGAGGCUGAGGAGAAGAUGAGGUGAGCAAAGGGGCGGAGCCUCCAAGCUGCAGCUCAAGUCAACCAAUGACCAGAGAAGGUGAUGGAGACCACUGUGGAGGAUCACAAGCAGCUCCACCAUCAGAUAGUGAUGACGUGUCAUCACAUGUUCCUGCUGCUGCUGCUGCUGCUGAUGAGUCUCAAAACAAACACAGGCAAUGUUCUCAGUGUGGGAAAUGUUGUGCUAAUAACAGUGUUUUGAAACAACACAUGAAAAUGCACACAAGAGAGAAAAACUUUUCCUGCUCAGUUUGUGGCCAAAAAUUCUCUUGGAGGCAAAAUUUAAGUAGGCACACAAGAAUCCACACUGGCGAGAAACCCUUUUCAUGCUCUGUUUGUGGCAAAAUAUUUUCAAGGAAAGCAACCUUAAAAAGUCACACAAGAAUCCACACUGACGAGAAACCUUUUUCAUGCUCAGUUUGUGGCCAGAAAUUCAGGCUAAAGGCACACUCAAAAAGUCACACAAGAAUCCACACUGGCGAGAAACCUUUUUCAUGCUCAGUUUGUGGCCAAAGAUUUUCAGUGAAGGCAAGUCUAACAAUUCAUACAAGAACCCAUACUGGCGAGAAACCUUUUUCAUGCUCAGUUUGUGGACAAAAAUUCUCUCGGAAGGGAAGUCUAACAUUUCAUACAAGAACCCACACUGGCGAAAACCCCUUUUCAUGCUCAGUUUGUGGCCAGAAAUUCAGAAAGAGCGCAUAUUUAAAAAUGCACACAAGAAUCCACACUGGUGAGAAACCUUUUUCAUGCUCAGUUUGUGGCCAAAGAUUCUCUCAGCAAGGAAACUUAAAACGUCACACAAGAAUCCACACUGGCAAGAAACCUUUUUCCUGCUCAGUUUGUGGCCAAAAAUUCUCUCACAAGAUAAGCUUAAUCAAGCACACAGUAGCCCACACCUAAUGUUAGAAUAAUUAGGAACCGGAGGUCUCAUAUCUUCGCUCAAGCCAACAUAU